UCUGUUUCCGGUACAGACCCUAUGAGGAUGUUGCAGCGCAUGCGCAUUCAACACAAAAUGAACGAAUCACUCUCUGAGUCAACUCGUUGUUCCCGAGUUAUAUUAAAGAUUCGUUUAAAACGAACGAAUCGUUCAUCAACGAUACAUCACUACACAGUGUGUGUCCUGUAGGGAACCUUUGGGAAGAUGGGAAAAACAAUUGGAAAACAUGUUUAAUUGUUAUUGUAGUUUGUUUGGCAAACGUGUAUGCUAUGUUUAGGCAAAUAUGUGACAUUGUCUGCAAUUGAAAGAUGGCAAACGGCCAAAAAUGACGAAUUCCACAUCACUUACAUACUUUGAUACCUCAAAGUGAAGACCAGGUGAAAGAAAAAAUGUGUAAAUAUGCUUCUGUAGCUCAAAUUAAUUUGUAUGUCCCAUGUACACUACUUACAUAUUUGCCAAAAUGAGGAAGAGAGCUUGUCUGGGUUAUUGUUGGUGGGGUAAUGUAUUUGCACUCUACAACUCUUCACAAUAUACAAUUUUGGCAUUUCUUUUAAGCCUAUAAGCAUAUAUACAGCUGCCAAUGUAUUAGGUACGCUGAACUAAAACUAAUCCAGUCUAACAGUUCUGCAAUAACUCUGACCUUCAUGAAGGUUAAAAUGCAUCCACACAAGGGCGUAGGUUUGGUCUCCAUAUUGGUAGGGACACCCACCCACCCUUGAAAAAAAGGACUGUUUAAUGUUUACAACCAAAUGGUUUAUUAAAAUAUAACAUCUAUAUUUACUUUAAGAUCUGUAUUUACAUUUAAAUACAAAUUAUACAAAGCAACAGAUCAAAGACUAAAAUAUUCUAAAUUCUAAAAUUCUGCCCUCCCAAAAUAUUGGUGGGGACAUGUCCCUACCGUCCAUAUGCAAAUCUACACCCUUGCAUCCACAUUUAUGCUGUUGAUCUCAUCACCCAUCACUGAUGCACUUUCUGUCUAACAAACGAUGUGUGUAAUGACUGAAUGAAUUAAGAACAACCUUGCUAGAUACAAGCAAGCCAUCAGAGGUGGGAAGAGUAGCCAAACAUUUGACUCAAGUCCAAGUAAAACUACUUAUAAAAUAAUUACACAAGUAACAGUAAAAGUAAUGAUGUUGUUAAUGACUUGUGUAAGAGUAAUGGAGUAUCCAGUGAGAAGAAUACUCAAGUAGGAAGUUACUAGUUACUUCGGAUCUGAUUAAAAUGAAGGGGAAAUCUUGAAUCUCAGAUGACAUGGAAAACUGGCAGUCACACCUCUCCAUGAAAGUCUGUCAAGAUGAAGCAGCCUAUCCCAGUCCUGUGACGGGUACAAUAAAACAGAACCUGUCAUUUUCAAUACAAAAUCUCACACACACACGAAAAAACAAACAUUUUCCCAACGGUUGACUGUCUUUAAUUUCACAACACGUUAAAAACACAAACUUGUCAGCAUCUGCAUUUAAACAACAGAGAACAAAAUAACUGACUAUGAGCGUAAAAGUACGUGGAAGACUGUGGAGGUAAAAGUUGUAGUGGAAAUUAGACAACACUCGCAGACUCGUCCUCUGAAGGUAAAAAGGUUUAUUACAGAAAGAUGGUUAAUACAAGAUAGAAUAAAGCAGGAUAGAAUAAUGAGCGUGCUCUGAAGCCCUUGUACUAAACCACUUUAUUAUAUAUAUAUAAGUAUCUCACAAAAGUGAGUACACCCCUCUUAUUUUUGUAAAUAUUUGAUUAUAUCUUUUCAUGUGACAACUCUGAAGAAAUGACACUUUGCUACAAUGUAAAGUAGUGAGUGUACAGCUUGUGUAACAGUGUAAAUUUGCUGUCCCCUCAAAAUAACUCAACACACAGCCAUUAAUGUCUAAACCGCUGGCAACAAAAGCCGAACCUGGCUACAAAAGAUUGCUAUGGCAAUCUAAGUUCAGCUCCUCCCCAACUCGUUGAGGGGGAAAAAAGACCAGAGUCGAAUAUGGAAAUACUUUGCAUUCGAGGCGGAUAAAAACGGACAUAUAAUUGAUGCUCUGAAGCCGGUGUGCAAACGAUGCCAUUGUACACUUCAAACAAAGGGAGUAAACACCUCGAAUUUGGCAAAGCACCUGAAAGACAGCCACUCCGAUCUCUUCAAAGAAUUCAAGUAUCAGCCAGAGGAGGAUGUCCACGAGGAGAGUCAGGAGCAAAGUCAGCAAACAUUAACACAGCCAACCUUAAGAGAAGCUUAUAAAAGGCACAGAAAAUAUGACAAAAACUCAAACAAAGCAAGGAAACUGGAUAGGGCAGUUGCUGAGUUCAUAUGCAUAGACCAAGUUCCUGUCUACACUGUAGAAAAGCAUGGAUUCCAGCAAAUGCUUCAGCAGUUCAACCCCAGAUACCAGCUACCAAGCAGAAAUUACUUCAUGUAUACAGAGAUCCCCAAACUAUACACUGAAACCAGAGACCUCAUUUCAGAACAUCUCAAAGAAAAACCAUUUUAUGCCUACAUAUUUAUUAUAUAUCUAUUUUGUAAUUGCUUUUUUUAUGUUAUGUGACUGUUGCCACUAUUGUUUUUAUAAUGCUCAAAUAUUUAAAUAAAGGAAUUAAUGUUUAAGUAUUAUUUAUUUUAUUUAUUGUUAUUUUUUUUACACACCAUGGUAUCGACUUUGGUAUCGGGUAUCGUGUAUUUUUGCUGGUAUCGGUACCAACUACUAGAUUUUUGGUAUUGUGACAUCCCUAGUGCAUAUAUUCCUGUUCUUUGUGAGCUAACUGAUAGUUUGGGUGUCUGAUGUCACUUCUUCUGUUCCCAGGUGCCUCACCCUUACCUUAGCUCCGCCCGUCAGUUCGCUUCUGCUCUGUACAGUCUCUUGCAAAAUGUCCAACUUUUCUGCAGUUGUAACAGUUUAAUCCUGGUCCAUAGCCCUGACAGCCGGGUCCGCGUGCUUUUGGUCUUCCUCUCCUCUCCAUCUUUCUUUCCUUUCCCUCUCGUAGGAGCUUCUCCGCAUGGAUUGCAUACCUUUCCACUUGUGAGGUUUCCGGUGUCCCAGGUGAUACAUUAUUGUUUGACUAUAGUGGUAAUUUCUGGUUUCAUGCCAUUCAUAAAGCUGUUUCUGAGAUGUGCCUCCCAUGCUGUGACGGCUGCCUGCCCAUCUGCCGGUGUGUCGGGUUUCUCCAAGCCUGAGUUUGCAUCAUGGAUCUCAGUGAGCCUGAACAGGUGUAUAAUGGUGGCACGGGGGCUGAAGCGGAAACUCUGCGAUGAUGUCAGAGACCCAGGGUGGGAGAAUCAGCUGAAGUCUGUGUGGAACAUUUCUAUAGACAAGUACCAGCGCGAUCAGGCCCUUGUGGAGCCGAGCUUACUGCGCUCUGUUCUCAUUACUAACACACUUCGUCAGGCCAUAACACAUGUGGAGGCCGUUUCUGGAAUGGAGAACCCUAUGAAAAAAAUUCAAGCACAUCAUCCAGCAAAUUGUUUCCAGCAGGAACCUGGCACGCCUUCUGGUUUCGAAGACAUGGAUGAUGAUGUCGUAGAGGAUCUGUCUUUAUCCACCACCAUUACCGCCAUCUUGAAGAAUCUGGAUACAGCUCUUGAUGGCAGCUCUGGCUCAUCUGCACCUCAGCGGUCACCGUUAGCCUCUGUGGAAAACCUUACAAUGGACAGGACCUUCAAAAGGAGUCCGAACAAAAGUUUGUCUAAUCACCUGCAGGACAGUGUUCUAGAUGAUUUGUUACUGGACUUGGAUACUUCUAUAUGUGAAGUGGAGAUGACCGAUCAUACUUUUGAUCUAUCUGCUGAUGAAUUUGUGAAAUAUUUACCAUGUGUGCCCUGCUUAGGGAAUGAAAUAGGGUUUUUACACUCCAUGUAGUGCACUGCAGUUCCAGUAAGGAUUUGGCAUUAAACUGUCUGUCUAUUUAUAUCACACAUUUGAAGGAGUGGCUCUGAGUACAAAUCAUAAUGUAUAAAAAUAAAUAAAUGCCUUCCACAUCUUGGGUAAGGAGCGAUUUGGCAUUCAGUUCCCUACUCCUUAUAUUUAUAUCACAUAGAGUAUGAAUGCCUAUUACUACAUCCUGUUUAGUGUCCAAUGGGAAGACAUUGCUCCCGAUAAGUCCAAUACACAAUAUGUUACAUGUGAUGUGAAUUUUGGCCUCAUUGUUUUACAUGUAUAAUGAAAUGAGGCUCAUUUGCAGUAUAUAGUGUGCCAUAUGUCAAUUAGGGAACUAUUUGCAAUUCACAAGUGCAAUUUAUAUAUAAGUACACUAUAUAGGGUAUGAAUAAUAGCUACUAAACUCUGUAAUGCACUCCUUGUUUAUGCAGUUCACUCUGUCAAGUAGAGAGUGAAGUCUUGGUAUGUGUACUACAUAGGGUUCUCAAACUUUUUCAACAUGAAGCCCCCCUUGUGUAGGGUGCAUUCCUUCGUGGCCCCCUAGAGUCGUCAAAUGUGGGGUUUUUUCACACUAGGCUCUUCUGUAUCAGCUUUCUCAACAAAGAGACUAUGUCCUCUAUCUAAAAACGUGUCCAUUUUAAAUAGUCUUUAAAUAGGUUUUUAUCAGCGUGUGGUUAACAGUACUGUACACUAGUAUAUGAAUGGAUGUCUCUGUUUGGUGUGUGUCUUAGUGUUCUGAGUAUAACUGAUUUAAUUUAUUAAUAGCUCUAAUUUUUAUGUACAUCAUAGUUCAAAGGUUGACAAUCCUGACUUACAUAUAGGUCAAAUUUAAAAAAAAUUCUUUGUGCCCCCAGUUUGUGAACCACUGCUCUAUCCACUGUCUUAUGACCAGUUACUACCUAUAUAAGUGCAUUAUUUAAAGUAUAUUUAAUAUUUGAACUGUAAUUAAUGUAAAUAAAUAAAUUGGUCUUUGUAUAGUUUAGAGUUCUACACAGAACCUUUCCCCAGAAGAAGCCUUAAGGUUUCUAGAUUUUAAUUCUCUUUCAGUUUUUAUUUCCCCAGGUAUGUAUAGGGAGCCAGUGUUUCUACCAAUAUGUAUAUCCCAUCCAGCUCUUUGUCUUUCUCUUUGAGAUGAUUGAUUAGAUACAAACCUUUGUCUGUUUUUAAAACUAUAGAAAUGCUGAAUAUAAAAAAGGUAAUACUUAUCCUCAUUAGAAAUUUUAAAGAUUAAAAGGGUGGCAUGGUGGCACAGUGGGCAGCAUUGCCACAUCACAGCUCCAGGCUGUCUGUAUCAACUCGAGCCUGUUUGGACUUUCUGUGCAUGUUCUCCCCAUGUUUAUGUGGGUUUGCACCUCCUAAAACCAUGCCAGUAAGUGGGCUGGCCCUGUUAAAUUGCCCAUAUGUGUGAAUAAGUGUGUGCACAGUGCCUUGCAAUGAACCGGCAUCUAAUCCAGGGUUUAAGGCCACCUCGUGACCAGUGUUCCAAGGUUUUCGCUCUGGAUCCACUAGUGAGUGAAGUUGAAUUUUUUGGGGCGGGGGGGCUUCUACAGUGCACUGUCUAAUCUAUACUGAGAUGGGUGCCUUGUAAUGCCGCAGGGUGGCAUGUUGGAGCAGCUCAAGUGUCUCCGGUUCAGUUCCUGAGCUCAUGUUACUGUCUGUGCAGUUUUGUAUGUUCUCCUGUAUCUGUGUGGGUUUCCUAUAGGUUCUCUGAUUUCCUCCUCUCAAAAUCACAAGUCAAGAUCAAGAUUGAUGAAUGAAAGUAAUGCCUCAAUCAUGUUAAAGGCGCCUCUUGCAGAGAACAUGCCUUACUAAUAUCAGGCAAAGUUUACAGGACAAUUUAAAAUGAAACAUAUCUGUAAUGGAAGCCAUAUAAUAUUGGUUAUACUGUAACACCUUUUUAUAUGUUUUGAAAAAUAUAAUGUUUGUAAAUACCUCAUGUGACUGAUUUCGCUUCAUUAAUCAUUCUGUUUUAAAGUGAUGUGUCGGCCAAAAAUGAAGCGUAACCAUGUUUUGGUGUUUGAAGUUUGCUUCUUUAGUUUUGCACUGAAGCUUUGAGGCUAAUGGGUAAUGGAACAGUAUAGUCUCCUGUUUAGCAUUGUGCAAACUGUAUGCCUGAAAUGUGUUUAGUUUUUUCCCACCUAUUUAUAAAAACUUUCAUCAUCUAGUAUUAUUACAUUGCACAUGUGAAUUAUUGUUUUUUUUUUUUGUUUUUUCUUUUACACAAAUCCAGGUGGACAAAAAUCAAAACUGUUACAAGUUUGGGUUAAUGCAACACUGUUCAUUCAUUACUGUAAGAAUUAAGGAAAAAUCCACUACGAAUUACUUGUAUAAUCUGUGGUCCAAAAUAUGUAUUUUUAUGAUUAAAUUCUGAGUUGACUUUU